AUGACUGAAGCCUUGCUUCGAGCUGCCAGAACUGGGUGCACUGCUGAUGAGUUGCAGCAGCUGCUGGCCCAGCGUGCGGACAUCCAUGCCGAGACGGAUCGGGGACAGAGUCCCUUGCAACUGGCUGCCACGGCUGGUCAUGCCCAUCUGGUUGAUGCCCUAGUGGCUGCCAGGGCAGAUCCCAACCAUGGAAACUCAUGCGAUGGAACUCCCCUCUACAGUGCGGCAGAACAUGACAAUGAGGAAGUUGUGGAUGUCUUGUUGCGCUGCAGGGCAGAUAUAAAUCUGGCCUUCCACCAUUGCCCACCGCCGCUGUUUGGUGCGGCGCAUACAGGCAACAUAGGGCUGGUGCAGAAGCUACUAGCACAAAGGGCCAAUGUGAAUGAAAGAGCCAAUUGGGAUCAAAGCACCGCCAUUCUGCAGACCUCACUUUUUGGGUACACAGAGGUGGUGAAAGAGCUCAUUGCAGCUCGUGCAGAUGUGAACGUCCGACGUACGGACACUACAAUCAUGGACUGCGGGGCCACGCCGGUGCUUUUGGCUGCUAAGCGGGGUCACGCCAAGACGGUGAAGCUUUUGCUGGAGAGCAGGUGCAGUGUCAAUGCAAGCAACACGAGUUCAGAAAGUCCGCUGUUUGGAGCAACCCUGCGCAACCACCCCGAAACUGUGCAGGUGCUACUGGAGAACAGAGCUGAUCUGCAUCAAACAAGUGAACAUGAAGACAUGCCCACAGCUUUGCAUGCUGCUUCCUCAAAAGAUUCACUAGAGAUUGCUCAACUGCUUAUGAUUGCCAAAGCUGAUCUGACAUCCGUGUCUCCUGCUGGGCACGUGCCAUUAGAUCUGGCAAAAAGCGACGACAUGAGGCAGCUCCUGGGGGGCGGACCCAAACGAGCCAGGUCUGAACAUGCCUAA